GGCCGGACGGACGGAGUCGGCCCGCCGGCCGGCCGGCGCCGAGCCCUUCCUCUUUGACCGCGCCGGCCUGGAGCGGCAGCGCGCCGCGCUGGACCGUGAGGCGGCCACCUUCCGCGAGGAGAACGCGCUGCUGUCGCGGCUGCGGGCCGACCUGCAGCGGCAGCGGCUCGACCUAGACGCCGAGAAAGAGCGCUGGGAGCGGCAGAAGGCAGAGGACGCGGAGCACAUGACCAGGAGGACGGAACAGGAGAGAAGGAAACUGGCCGACGAAAGGAGACAGUUCGAGGCCGAGAAGAAAAGGCACGCCGAGGAGUGGAGGAAAAGGGAAACGCCCGAACUGAAGGCGCUUCAUGCUAAGGUGGCGGCGCUGGAGGCUGAGCUGGGCCGCCGCGGCAGCUCGUGGUCACAGGACGCGGCGCGACUGCGCGCGCGCCUGGCUCACCUGACGGCCGACCGCGACCGACUGGAGCGGCUGCUGCAGAGCGCCCACCAGCAGCUGGCCAGACGCAACGCGCGCCAGUUCAGCGCCGGCGCCGGGCCGCACCGGUCGGGCUCUGUGGAGGGGGACGAGCCGGCGGCCGGCCGGCGCCGCACGACCCUCUCCCGACACCGGUCAGCUCCGGACCUGGCGGACGGCGGGGGAAGUACCAGUUCCGUGUCCACCGCCGGAGGGCGCAGCAGUCGCGGCAGCGGGUCGGACCGGGGCGGCAGGAAGGCGACCGGGGCGGGUGGCAGGAGGUCCCUGGAGAGCCACUGCUCGGCCGUCUCCCCCUCUGUGGAGGACUCACCUCUGCCGUCCCCGCCGGCGAGCCGCGACCGGCCUGGGGACGGGGCGGCGCCGGCGGACAGCCGGGGGCCGGCACCGGACCGAGACCUGCCGGCGGAGAGCCGGGGGCCGGCCGGGACGCCGACCGGCCGCGGCGGCCCGACCCAGCGUCCCGCGGACGGCCGUCCCGCCGCGGUCGCCGUCUCGGCCUCGCCGUUCCCGUGGCCGGCGCCGGCGCCGCCGCCGCCCGGCCGGGACCCGGCGCUCGCUCUAUCGGUGUCCACUCUGUCCUCCUCUGCUCUGUCCGUGCCGGCCGGCGGAGCGGCGGAGUCCGCCGGCAGCCGGCGGGAUAAGCUGUCGGACGGCACCGUGCGCGUCUGCUACCAGAACGGAGACUGGAAAGAGACCAGUCCGCAGGGGGACACGGUGUACUUUUACGCGGCGAGCGGCACGCGCCAGACCACGUACCGGAACGGCUCGGAACUGACGGAGUUUAGCAGCGGCCAGCUGGAGCGGCGCGACCCGGACGGCAGCACGGAGAUCAGGUACCCGUGCGGCUCUGUGACGGUUCUGCUGUCCAAUGGCGAGCAGCAGACCGUCUACCGGGACGGCACGCGGCGCCGACUGCUCACUGACGGCAGCGAGGAGGUGCUCCUGCCCAGCGGUAAGCUGGAGGUGCACACGGACCGCUAUAAGAAGCUCGUCUGUCCGGACGGCACCAUCAAGUUUGUGUAUCCGGACGGCCGCCAGGAGACCCGGUAUCCCAACGGCCGGAUCCGCAUCCGCGACCGCCACGGACGCCUCGUGGUGGACACCCAGCCGUGACCGGAGCCGCCGGAGCCGGAUCCGCUUGGUGGGGACAUUCCAUUGUAUCAAUGCUCAGCGCCCGUGACGUAGGAUAGCUCAGUGGGGCGGUACCGAGUCGACUUCCCCGCGAUAGCUCAGCGGAAUGGUAUCCCCGCGAUAGCUCAGCGGAGUGGUAGAGUCUUCCCGCGAUGCCAAAGUAACCAAUGUGAUGAACUGCUGUGCGAGCUGAAACAGACCGUGCCUUACGGGUGUUUUUGUAACAUGUUUAUAUGUAUGUGUGUAUAUGUGUGCUGGACCAUGUUGAUGUUACGGCCGGCUGCCGGCGGCGUUCAGGCUCUAUACAGGUGUUCUGUUGAA